CAGUUGCUGCUACUCCUUUUGUGCCUGCACAUAGACGACCUAUGAAUCGUCGGAUGCGUGUGUUGAUUCAUCGCUACCGUGCGUUUCUUAGAGCGGGGCACCUUCUGAAUGUUCGGCUGCCUAUGUCAGAGGAGUUUAUUAGUGUGCUUAAGCGUGCCUGGCCUGGGAGAUCUUAUUAUGGUGGUCCUCAUCAUGUGUGUAAGCAUUGUGGUGCCAAUUUUUGGUACCAAGAACGAUGCAAGAGUCUGAGUACAAAGCGGCGGAUUGUCUACACUGGUUGUUGUCGUGGUGGAAAAGUGUCACUCCCCAUCUAUCCUGAUUGGCCAUCUCCUUUGGCUGAAUUACUUCGUUUUGAUGGUGGACCUGAAUCUAAUCGUUUUAUGCGACUGAUCCGUGAAUAUAAUUCUAUGUUCGCUUUUACAUCUCUUGGUGUUCAUGUUGAUAAUACUGUUAAUUUUGGAAAUGGUCCAUAUGUUUUUAAAAUAUGCGGGGUGGUUUGCCAUGCAAUUGGUUCUUUGCUUCCUCCGCCUGAAAAUCCUAUUCCUAAGUUUGCUCAGCUGUAUAUUUAUGAUACGGGAAAUGAGUUGGACCACAGGAUGGAUAUAUUUGCUGCAGAUGAUAAGAAAGGCGGUGAGCCGACUCCAUUGAGUGAGCAACUGUUGUCUCUGUCCCAUGGUCGUCGGCGACGGAGGGAUUUGCAGGCUGAUGCUGAGUUGGAUGGUGUUUCUAGCCGUCCUGUUCAUCGUCGACGCAUGUGUAGGGAAGAGCCAGAUCGUGCUAUAGUUGGUUCAUUGAGAACAAUGCUCAACGGGUGCAAUCCGCUUGUGCAAACGUUUCGUAUGGCCGAGAAGAGGUUAUUCUCUCCUGAUUCUCCAGAGGUUGGUAUUCGGUUGUUUGGUCAUGAGGGAGCAGAUCAUGGGAAUCGUUAUUCCCUUCCAGCUGCACCUGAGCUUGCUGCUCUCAUUGUUGGUGACCUCAAUGUAGAGACAUGCAGAUUUGAUGUUAUUGUUCAGAAAAAUGCAGGAUAUUUUCAGCGUGUGCCUCCUCUGAAUCCUUCUCUUAUGGCUCUUCAGUAUCCACUUUUGUUCCCUCAUGGUUCUAUGGGGUUUCAUCUUGGGAUCAAGUACCAAAAUGUUGAUGAUGUUCCUGCUGGUGGGCGCCAAGACGUGUCUAUGCUCGAGUACUACUGUUACAGGUUUCACUAUCGGAGGGGGGAGCCCAAUCCUUUUACAUGCUGUGGUCGUUCGUCCCACCAGCUCAUGGUGGAUUCUUAUUCUUGCGUUGAAUCAUGUCGGCUUAGCUUUCAGUUCUGGAAUCAAGAUAAUCUUCGGUCCGAGACAUAUCAAGGUAUAUCUGAUGCUCUCGGUAAAGGAAAUUCUAGCGGAAAAAAUGUUGGGAUACAGUAUCUUCUGCAUUCUAGCUUUACUGGAAGCCCGCGUUAUAUGAUUCAGAACUAUCAAGAUGGAAUGGCGAUUUGCCGGGUUUUUGGAGCUCCUAAUCUUUUUAUCACUUUUACAUGUAAUCCAAAGUGGGAAGAGAUAUCUGAUGCACUCCUUAUGGAACCUGGCCAGACUCAUGUUGACAGGCCAGAUAUAGUUGCACGCGUGUUUAAAAUGAAGAUUAAUGAAUUCACCAUUGACGUCAGAAAAGGAGUGCCCUUUGGUCCUGUCUAUGCAUGUAUGUUUCUAACUUUCUAUUCCAAGUUUCAGUUAGGUUAA